AUGUCUAUGGACUUUGCCCGUGCCGCUCUGGCUGAGCGCCGACCUUCCUUCUUCCUCUCACUGGCACCUACUACUUCUUCCUCCUACCCUCAACCCGAUAGACGGCCUUCAGUUACCGAGAGCCCAACCAGACCACGACGGGCCUCUAUCAGCUCCCCAACCGGCCUUCGAGUCCUGAAGCUCAGCCCUGUUUACUAUGGCGAGCACAUCGGCCAGAACAAGGACGACUUCUAUGACGUCCCGGCCUCUCCAGAAAUGCCACCAUCCUCCUUCCUCUCACUCGCGCCGGCUACCUCUUCUUCCUAUCCUCAGAUGCCCUCCAGCCGCUCCGGUGCUAUCCCUGAGAGGCGACGCUCUUCGUCCAGCUCCACCACCGGCUUCAGGGUGCUGAAGCUGGGACCCGUCUACUGGGGUGAGCACGAAGGCGACCACAAGGAUGACUUCCAUGACAUUCCCGCCUCCCCUUAA